AUGCUGAAGGGCGAGGAGGGUAUUCAAUGGGUCGAUACAGACAUUUUUGCGCACCUCCGUGAAAAGUUUCCGGAGGACUAUGAACAGAUUAAGGCCGAAUUAGAGUCACCGAAGGCCGAAUCAGAGCCCGAAGAAGACAAAGCCGACGAUGAACCGGAAGAAGCAACCCAUGAACCAGACCCAACUGCGGUCUCUAAAACGCAAACAGAGGCCAUUUACCAGGUGAUCCUUGACCUAAAGGAGGCCGGACACUUGGCAAAACGCCAACUAAAUCUUGAUCUUGUUGCCUCCACGAUAGUGGGGCGCUUCGAGAUCGAUAGUGCAGACUAUGCCCAAGACCUCAUCGCCUCAAAAGCCGAUGCAAUUAUAGAGCUUAUGGAUGAGGCGAAAACUUACAAUUUUGAUUGGUCACGCAAGGUUAUAUACCGAGAAUUGAAAGCCGCCGCAAAGAAACACGACGUGCAACAAAUAGCGUUCACUCCACUACGACCUCGUUUAUUCAACGAAGCUGAGUCCUCUCCAGAGGACAGUGAGCAUGAAGAAGAACAGCCUAGGCCGCGAAGGCGCCGGGUCCGUAAGUCUGUGCUGCGCCCUAAAAGCACGAUCGCUAGCAAGAAAAUUGGCAAGCGAACGAGGAGUGCCGCUGCAGCAGACGAUGAAUAUCUGUCAGAUGACAACCCUGAUGCAAUGGAUGAAUUUGAAACUCCCAGCAAAGUUCGCGGUCAUGAGCUUGUCCGCGAUCCCUUAUCUACGCGGGCGAAACGCAGAACUCGUUCAAUGCUCUCCAACCCCGAAACUACGCCUCUUCAGAAGGUACCCGCGCUACAGGAAAUUCUCCAGAGUCGCAAUACGUCGGUCUCUAUCGGUGACCAGGCACCCUCGGAGCCAGACACCCUUAACGGUAAUGAAUCAACAUCCGAUACAUGGUUUUGUCAAGCCCGGGGUUGCGACAAAGUUAUUCACAGGAGUAAUACAAAGCACGGCAAGGAACUGAUCCGGGUUCAUUCACUAGAGCAUGCCGAUGAUGCCAAGGUUAAAAUGGACCUAGUCCUCUCCGAGCACCAGCUCAAUAUAGGGUUUCGUGUCGAUAAUCUCCUUGAUCAUAUCCGGGGAAUGGGCUGUUUAGAUAUUGCAGCCAUGGAUGGGACAACAAACGGGACUAACGGAAUAGGAGCGUAG